AUGCCAGAUAUACCGAAGUACGACGAAACUACUGACCCCCAAGAGCACAUCACUGCAUACACGUGUGCUAUUGCCGGCAAUGAUCUCGAGGACGAUGAGAUCGAAUCAGUAAGUUUGAAAAAAUUCGGUGAAACCUUAACCAAAAGGGCUAUGCAAUGGUACUGUUCAUUACCCCAACAUUCCAUUCCAUCCUUCGAGUUAAUUGCGCAUGCCUUCGUAAAAGCUCACGCAGGGGCACGGAAGGUGCAAGCACGGAAGGUGGACUUAUUCAAGAUUUUCCAAAGGGACGAUAAGCGGCUUAGAGAGUUCGUUACCAGGUUCCAGCAGGAAAGAAUGUUGUUACUCCCGGUCCCUGACGAAUGGGCCACCCAAGCAUUCACGAAGGGACUUAAUCCAAGAAGUUCCAACGCUUCCCUCAAACUGAAGGAGAAAUUGUUGGAAUUCAAUGCUACUACUUGGGCUGAUGUGCACAACAGGUACGAAUCAAAAAUCAGAGUAGAGGAUAAUCAGUUUGGCCUCCUACCGGGUCCGGUAACCCGGAUAAGGAACGACAAAUCAAAAAGGGCAUUUGAACCGGAGUACAAUCCACCGGAAAGGUAUCACCCUUACCCAUUUGUGAGGCCCCAUUUCGGAUCGAAGAAAAGCAAGAGUAACCCAGGUCUCAGUAUGAACCGAGAAGACAGGCGUAUUUACCAAGGAGAUAGACGGAUUGAUCGAGAUUCAUCAAGCAGAGGUCUCCAGUACAAAACCAACUCCUCCACAGCAUCACAUACGGGAGAAAACCCUAGAUUAUCGAAAUAUAAUUUUAAUGUUGACUCCUCAACCCUGGUGGCAGCCAUUGGAAAGAUAGAAGGGGCGACAUGGCCGAAGCCGCUCCGAACCAACCCUUCACAACGGGAUCCAAAGUUGAUAUGUGACUAUCACAGUACACAUGGGUAUCGGAAUGACGAUUGCAGAGAGUUGAGGGAUGAAGUGGCACGGUUACUCAAGAACGGUCAUCUUAGAGAAUGCUUGAGUGAAUGA